CGGUGCUGAAAUAGUCUCGUCUCUCAUUGCGUUGGACAGCUGGAGCCGGCAUGUCGUAUUUCUACUUGGUUCUGGCCGUGCUUUCCAUCACGGUGGCGCGGUUCCUCAACAUGAGGGACCCGCCGCCGAUCAUGGGCGUCUACACGAGACCAGGAAAGUGGUACUUCCUCAAGUUCCUGAUCUUUUUCAGCAUUCUGCACUUAAGAAAAUUCCUGAAUAAGAUGCGCGGCGAAAAAGUAGUAGCAAACCAGAGUGGCUACGGGGUCAAGUCCAGGUCAUCCCCGGACCAAAUGGACUGCUCGCAACCUUUGUCCUCGGAUGAAAAAGCAAUCGAUGCCGUGUAUUUCAACGCAGCGUCCAAAGACGGCCAGUAUUUGGUUGUGGCGACGGCAAGGAGGCCAAAAGGUGUAAUAAAUGGAUUCCUUUACCUUCAGGUGCCGCAAGUAGGUUUGCUAAUGAGCCCGAAACUGCCAGACACGACACUUCAGCAAACAAAAGAGGAGGAAGAGGCGGGCGUUUUUGGGGCUGAAGGGUUGAAACUUGAGCCUAUCGAACCAAUGAAGCGUUGGAGGCUCACUUACAACGGAAAAAUGAGACUGUCCGAGGCACCAGAGAAGGAUUUGAGCGUCGUUUUAAACGCCGAGUGGAAAAGCAACCUGCCCGUUUUCGAUUUCGACACUGACAUGGACCCGUCCGCCGUGGCUAGAGCCCUUGCAAAAGAAACCUGGUCCAGAGAGUUCUUUCAGAUCCUGAAAGAAGCCCACCAAUCACACUACGAACAACACGGAGACAUCGAGGGAGUGGUAACCGUAGAUGGAGUCAAAUAUCCGCUCAAUCUUAAUUCCAUGAGGGAUCAUAGCUACGGACACAAGAGGGAGUGGAAAAACUUUCACAGGUACGCACUGCACAUGGGGACGCUGGAAGACGGCACCAGGUUCGGUGCUAGUAUAGUUAGCUGUCCCAUCAACUUCUCGAAAAUCGAACUGGGAUAUCUAUACAAGCCAAACGGCCGCGUAGUGCCUUUGCAAAGGUGCGACCUGCAGCUGUACCAGCAUGGCGAGGACGGAACGCCUCCCUUGGACUACGCGUUCAACUUUUGGGCUGGAGAUAAGAAGUACUGUGUGCAGGUCAAAGUGCUGCACACGCCCGAGUUUUACAUUGCAGACGAGUGGGAAGCAAGGGUUGUCGAGCGGAUGGUCACCUUCAGGGUCAACGGAAUUGCUGGCUGGGGCAUCGCUGAGUGGGAAUACAGAAAUGCGAUGGGGAAGGUUCAGCUUUGAGUAUCUGUUGUGGUUUCUUUCAAAAUAAAAAUCCA